CACUCAGAGAGCAUAUCUGAGCUCCCUCGGACAUGCCAGCAUUCAGCAAUGCCUCUUUAGGCACCCUUCCGCUGGCAUGUCUUUAAGAAAGCUCAUUCAGCAAAACCAUAACGCCAGCGCCGUGGGCUUCGGCGUGGGGCCAGCGUGCGUGUCCCAUGGGGAGCCGGGGCUGCAGAUGGACAGCAGGCGGCUCCAGCACCUGGCCAGCACGGUGGGCACGCUGCCGCGGGGCCGCAAACAGCUCGCUUUAACCAGAUCCAGCUCCUUGGGCGACUCCUCCAGGCCACAGAGACACCUUGUUGCUAUAUUCAAAGAUGACAAAGAGACGUUUGGGUUUGAAAUACAGACUAUUAGAUUUCCAAACCAAAAUGAUUACUCCUUGGAGGUAUGCACUUGUGUCUGCAAAAUUCAAGAAGAAAGUCCUGCUCAUUUAUCUGGCCUUCAAAUUGGUGAUAUCCUUGCCAAUAUCAACGGAGUGAACACUGAUGGGUUUAGUCACAAGCAAAUAGUAGACUUGAUAAAGUCCUCAGGGAACUAUUUGAGGCUGGAGACUGUCAACGGGGCCAUGUACCUGAGGAAGAUGGAGCUCGAGACCAAGCUGCAGCUGCUGAAGAAAACUCUGCAGCAGAAAUGGGUGGAGUUCCGCUCUUUGCACUUACGGGAACAGCGCUUGCUGCAUGGAGAGGUGAAUGACAAUGCUCUGCUGGACACGCUGGAGCUGGAAGAGGCCAACUUAUUUGGUGGCUGUGGCACACCGGGACCUGUCUCUCCGAUCAAGCCUCGCUUCUCCAGCGAGAGCAGCUCCCGAAGCCGGCUGAGCUCCAUGACUGUGGACAGUGAGGACAGCUUCUACCAGAGCAGCGCCUUCGAUGAUUCUGCUGCAGAGAGCCUGAGCCGCCAGUCCAGCAUCGAUGAUGAGUGCUUCUUCCCCAGGGACGGCGACGGCGCGGCCGGGAGGUCCUCCCUGCGCAGGAACCGCAGCAUCAGCCUGGCCAGCAGCGGGUCCAUGUCCCCACUCUGGGAGGGAGGUGGCUGCUCGAGUAGCUUUGGGACACUCCCACGGAAGAGCAGGAGAUCAAGCGUACGAAAGCAUCUUCUGAAAUUCAUCCCAGGCCUUCACCGGGCACUGGAAGAGGAAGAAAGUCGGGUCUGACACGGCGUGUGCUGUCCAUGAUGUCUGGGGCUCUGCUCAGGAGCCUGCAGCAGGGCCAGGGAACAUGCGCAGCAGCUCACCUGGAGGCUUGCAGCAGGUCAAACUCAAGGCUGCAUUUGUUCCUCUCCUCACACAACCUUACGGUGGGACUGAUGGUAUUUAAAAUGCUCUGGGGUUUUUAAUUAUUUUAAUUUUAAUUUUUAAUCAGAGUGCACUGUGGACUUCUUCAUUAACAUGAAAAACAACUAACUCCGAGAUGUGAAGAACCUUUGCAGAACCUCCUCAGCAUACUUUAGUGUUAAUAAUGUUUUUUAAUUGAAUGCAAGAUUUAUAGCUAUUUAUUUCCUGUUACUGAAGUCAGAGUCCUCAAAGGUGUCUAAUAAAGCAAGCACUUCCACUAAAGCCAGUGACAAAGUCCCGUUAGAAACAGGAUGGAGCCCAGAGCUUAGGGCAGACCCCAGAGGAGACGUUCUGAGAUGAAAACAGGCUGGUGACAAUGACCAAAUCAGCGAAGGGUACGGUGGGACUCUGUGGAGCCCUGUCAAAGCCACAGAGCUUUUUUGUGCAAUUCCUAUCAUGCUUGCUAGAAACAGCAUGCUCUGUGCUGUGUCAGCUCAGUGACAGGUCAUUUCAGUGCUGGGUGUCGUCACCAUCGCCCCUUGAGAUUACUGCGGUCAAAUCAGCUUACUGGAUUUUUAGCAGGUUGGAGAAAAUGCUCGUCAGCAUGCAGUGGUCUAAGCACACAGUUCAAGUUAAUUUGACCUCUUUAAGGUGAGCGGAGCAGAGGAUCUCCCCCAGGGACGAUCAGGGCUGGCUCUGGUGUGGGUGCAGGCAGGCGCUGGCCGGGGGCCUCCCUGCGGGCUGUGCUUGGUGCCUGCCCACGCUCGCCUGGGCCGGAGGCAGAGACUGCAGGCAAUGAGGGCUCACUUGACAGCUCGUAUGAGGUGCUAUAAUAAAUAUGGAUAUAAACGUGAAGAAACAGAGGACUUUUAUUUUCCUCUCAGGCAACACAGAAAUAGGCUGUUAGGUCAGAGCAAGCAGCCUAAUUGUGUUUUCCAGGUACAAUUGGAAGAAUUUUAAAUGUAAUUUAAAUGCCUUG